GAAGGCGCCAUAAAUUGCAACAGCGGCAGCGGAUCACAUGGGGGGGUAGCAGGCAGGAAGCUAAUGGUGGUGGGUAGCACGUAAGAUUAUCAGACCCGAUCGACCGAGCCCAAGAAGACUCUUGUGCUGCAGAUAGCAAUGGACAGGACGAGGCGCGGGAGGCGCCUGCUCGUGCCGCUCUGCUUCCUCUGCCUGGCCGUGCUGCUCCCCGGCGCGCUGCUGGCGUCGCCGGCGGCCGGGAUGAAGCGGCGGCAGGCCGGGUUCGACUACUACGUGCUGGCCCUGCAGUGGCCGGGCUCCGUCUGCCGCCAGACCAACCACUGCUGCAGCUCCAACGGCUGCUGCCGAUCAAACCCUCUCAACUGGUUCACAAUCCAUGGGCUUUGGCCGCAGUACAGCUACGGUGGGUGGCCGUCCUGCUGCAGACCAACCACCACAUUCAACAUGAACAAGAUCGCGAUGCUGAGGCCGAUCCUGGAGAGGUACUGGCCGUCGCUCUACUGCGGCGACACCUCCACCUGCUUCGGCGGAAGAGGCCCCUUCUGGGCCCACGAGUGGGCGACUCACGGGACGUGCGGCUACCCUGAGAUACAGGACGAGUACGACUACUUCUCCACGGCGCUCUACCUCUACAGCAAGUACAACGUCACGAAAGCACUGAGGAAAGCGCACAUCUACCCGCGGAACGGCAGGAAGUACGCGGUGGCGCACAUCGUGGCCGCCAUCGACCACGCAUUCGGGCGGCUGCCGCACCUCGUCUGCAAGAACGGCUCCCUGCAGGAGCUCAGGCUCUGCUUCCACAAGGACUACCAGCCCCGGGAUUGCGGGUCGGAGGAGGACGACGCGUGGUCGUCGAGCAGGAGAAGCCAUUGCCCUCGCUACGUCAACCUCCCGUCCUACCUGCAGUCUGCGUUGGGGAACGCCACGGAGGUGCGCCUGCGGAACGCAGCGGAGAACGAGCGGCGCGCACACGGGCAGAGCUACGUAUAGCGAGCAGCCACGGACGGACGACUGCUGUCGUACUGCUCCGUCCAGGUGUGUCCUGAGGCCUGACGACGGACGCAUGCAUGGCCGAGGCGCCAUCGAUCGACCACAGGCGCGCAGUCGUCGGUUCAUGCCCCUGUGAUUUAUUGGUUCUUCUGCGCAUUCGCUUGCAGUGUGUGUGUGUGUGUGUAGGCCCUCGUCUGCACAAAGAAUCGACGUUGCAGUCCUGUACGUAUAUGAUGAUAUCGAGUAUCAAGCAAUAUUGUGGUAGCAUCGAGGAAUAAUGUGUACAACAAAAAAUGGGAGAUAGACGUCGCUUAUCUUCCGCCAA